CGCAUCUCCAACAAAACUCUUUAUUGAACAGCUGUCGAUUAACCAAUGCGACAACUUCAGUCUCGCCAUGUCAGCACCGACUGAAGACGAAGUUCCCAACCCUCUGGAAGCUGAAGGAAGCUCAGAGGCUCCGUCCAAUGCCGUCCACAUCGCGCCGAAGAAAAAGGAGCCACCUCCUGAAUCCCCAGAGAGCAUUCGAUUGCGAUCUCUUGUUAUUGCUUCCUUCUGGGCCAUAAUUAUACUGGUGGGACUGCCAAUAUGGUGGAGAACGACGACAAUAUACCGGGCAAGCUUGCCUAUGGACCAGAUGAUGGAAUGGGCCGAUGGAAAAGCAUGUCGGCCUGUCUUUCCAUUGCGCAUAUCGAUUGAAGCGGAGUCUCUGCAGGAUCACGAAGCUCAGCAUCUUCUGCGAACGACCCAGCAUGCAUUAGAUGACUUGAACGAAUUCUCGGCGCAUCACUUACGACUGCAACUUUCCCAACCCGCCAAUGCCUCUAUCAGUAUAACAGGCCUCUCUGCCGGUGUUGCAGAGGAGGAGGAGGUCGCUCUUACGAUCAGAUUAUUACCAGGCACAACCACACAAGCAGAUUUGCAAGCAUACUCGCCCAUUCUCGAUAUUUAUUAUACCCCAAACCAGAUUCCCUCGAGCUCCUCCUCCGCCUCUUCACUAGCCAAUUACAUCGCAAACACACUUCGAGGCUUAUUUGCUGAAGAACAGGCUAUGAUUGCCUACCUUCUGUCUACCAGUUCUGCUCCACCAGAGCGAAGCCCUAAAGCACUCUCCCCAGAUGUUGCCGAAUCUCUUGCGAAAUGGACAACUCGAUCCAUGAAAUACUCCCGAACAUAUCACAUUACCUUUUCUCUUUUCACACCGACAGCCACUCCUUCGAGUUGGGACAUUGAAGCUGCGUUGGAAGAACACAUGAAGCCUCUCCUAGCAAGCUUCUCGGAGAUCAGCAACUUCACAAUUGAUACUCAGGUUCAGCUGUAUGCUACGCCUGGCGUUAGCGGUAAUGUGCUGAAGAAGGAAGAUCUAAGUGGGUUUAUCAAUGCAGCGGAAUGGCCUCUGAGUCCCAGCAUCGGAGGUGCUCCUACUGUGAAUUUUAUCCUUUACGUCGGCGACAUGGAAGUUGAAGGGGGUGGCAAGAGUUGGUUGAUCCCACAAUGGGGUGGUGUGGUUAUUCAAUCCGAUAUGUCAGACCUACGACCAGCAAUGUUGAUCUUCUCCAACCAACUGAUGUCCCUCCUCGGCGCACCAGAAGCUGGAUCUCUCCCACUACGCCUAAUGACAUUAGUCCGAGUCCGAAGUCUAGGCCUCCUCCUCAAAGCCAGCGGCACCAUGGGCAGUCUCGCCCGACUAACCCUCAACCUCCCAAGUAUCAGCAUCCCCCGCAGCGUCGCAGACGGAGUCUACACAACCAUCUCCCACCUCCGAAAAGCGUGCGAUGGCCUAGGCGGCAAAGAAGGGUUAGAAAAUGCCAGGAUAGCAGAAGAAGCGGCAGAGAAAGCUUUCUUCGAGAAGAGUAUGGUGGCUAUGGUCUACUUUCCAGACGAGCACAAGGUUGCGGUUUAUUUGCCGCUGUUGGGACCAGUGGGUGUCCCGCUUGUGAUGGGGGUAUUGAAGGAGUUUAAGGCGUGGAGGAAACGGAGGAGGGAGAGUAGGUUGGUUAGUUGAGAAUUUAUGACGAUUUUUACGCAAGAGGUGUGGUGUGAUUUUGUGAUGCUUGGAGUGACGCGAGUUGAAGAGUAAGUGCUCCUACAGUAGACAGCGGUUCGGAUCCUGUUGGGGCGCGAGUGCGGUCUUGUGGAGGGACAAUAUUGCUUGAAAGACUGGAAUGUGGUGGGACAUUGAAUCCUUUUGUUGCACAUCGCAUAGCGUUAAGAGGGUGAAGCAAAGACGUGCUUGAGAUGUUGAGACGGGAAAAGCAAGUGCUUUUAGACGGCCGAAAGAGUGGGAUUUGCUG